AUGUUAGCUAUGUUUGAGAGAUAUCUUCAUCUACAUCUAGCAAUUCAUGAGAUUUGUUCUAAAGAACCAUUAAUGCCCCUUUGCUUAGAUAAUGAAGGUUUUAUAAAUCUUGAAUCCUUCUGUCAACUUCUUAAGCCAUUCGCAAGUGGCACACUAGUUCUUUCUAAAGAGAAUUCAAAUUCAAUUUCUGAUGCAAUAAUGGUUAUACUAGAGAUUGAUCAGCAUAUCAAUAAAGUUAGGAUAAGUCAUUAUAUAAAGAGAAAAUUUGAAAAAUAUUGGAAUGUAAUUGUUGACCAUGUCAUAAUUGCACACAUACUUGAUCCAAGAUAUAAGUUGAAGCACUUAAAAGCAACUUUAAUUGAAGUUGGCAACUAUAGUAAAAAUAAUACAGAAGUGUUUGUUAAUAAUAUUUGGCAAAAAAUUAUUUUAUAUGGAAUGAAAUAUGCAAGCACAGAAACUUCAACUGUUGAAACGGUUGAAAAGAUUGAAAUUGUUGAAAGUAAUGAUAAUUAUAUGUCUGAUUUUUUAAUUCCUAGGAGAAAAAUUUCAAAAAAAUGA